AUGUCCAUAGCCAACACGGCCCCACCCAAGCCGGCGCGGCGGUCCUCGGUCGGGCCUGGCGUUCCUCCGUUUACACCACUGCAUGGAUCCCCGCCACUGGAGCCAUCGUCCGACGAAGCCGCAUCUCCAGACACCUUCGCAUCCCCCCCGUGGCGGCAGGCUCAAGCACCCCCAUCGUCCGAGACCGGGGCAGCAGCGCGCAAAGCGGAGGACGUGGACGACGGCUCGUACGUGGACGAGAUCUUGGAGGGCGUGAGUGGGCUGGGGCUGGGCAGUCUGGGCCCCCUGCAAGGGGACUGGCUGCCGCAAAUCGCCGCCAUCCUGGAGCAGGUGCACCUCAAGAGCAAGGAGCGAGACCCAGAGGCUCCCGACAUU